AUGCCUCCUAAGCGAAUUCGUUGCACCGCUGCUUCGUGCCGCGAACCAGCUCAGCGCAUCGUCGGCGACUGCACCUUUUGCCAAGGUCAUUUCUGCGGCAAGCACCGCCUACUAGAAGACCACAAGUGUACCGGUCUCGAGGACUGCAAGAAGCAGUCUCACGAGCGUAACGCUGCACAACUCGAGUCGGAACGAACCCAGGUUAUCCGGGGCGUGUAA